AUGAAGUUGUUGGCAAAUAACGUUGAUACACAUUUGAAGAAGAAUCACCAGAUGGAGACAUUGUCAGAUAAACAAAUGGACGAUUUCCAAUCUGCAACGGUGUGUCAUAUUUGCAAAAAAUUUUUGACCAACAAUGAUAAAGUGCGUGAUCACAACCAUUUAACAGGAAAAUAUCGUGGAGCUGCGCAUAACAGUUGCAAUUUGCUUUAUCGAGAUUCUCACACAAUUCCGAUUGUAUUUCACAAUCUCUCCGGUUAUGACGCUCAUUUCAUCAUUCGAAGUAUCGCAACAUCAUUCGAAGGUGAUGUGAAAAUUCCACCGGUGAAUAAAGAUCGAUACAUCUCUUUCACUAAAUAUGUUGCCAACACUUGCAUUAAGUUACGCUUCAUUGAUUCAUUCCGAUUUAUGGGAAGUAGUCUCGAAAAAUUAGCGAGUUAUCUUGAUAAUGAUCACAAAAUAAUCAUCAGAAAAUAUCAAUCUGAUUCAACAAGAUUCAAUUUGUUGUGUAGAAAAGGUGUAUUCCCCUAUGAGUUCAUCGAUGAUUGGAAUAAAUUAGAUGAGGCUGAAUUACCAAGGAAAGAAGAUUUCUAUUCAAAAUUGACGGAUCAACACAUAGCUGAUGAAGAUUAUGAGCAUGCAGUUAAUGUGUGGAAUGCAUUCAAUAUCAGCACAUUGGGGGAGUAUUCGGAUCUUUAUUUGCAAACAGAUGUUUUAUUAUUAGCUGAUAUUUUUGAGAAUUUUCGUGCUAAUUGUUUUUCCACUUAUGAACUCGAUCCACUCCAUUACUAUACAGCACCAGGAUUAGCUUUCGAUGCUAUGCUCAAACAUACGAAAGUAAAUUUAGAGCUUCUCACUGAUUCUGAAAUGAUUUUAUUCAUAGAAAAAGGUAUUAGGGGUGGAGUUUCACAAUGUGCAAACAGAUACGCUCAGGUAAAUAAUCCAUUCAUGGGAAAAUUAUAUGAUGCAUCCUCUGAAACAUCUUAUUUGAUGUAUUUUGAUGUUAAUAACUUUUAUGGGGCUGCUAUGAGCGUCAGUUUGCCAUGUGAUUCAUUUGAAUGGGUUGAUAGUAAUUCUGUGGAUAUCCUGAAUGUUCCAGAUGAUUCUCCAGUUGGGUAUAUCCUCGAAAUUGAUUUGGAGUACCCUCAAGAAUUACACGAACAACACAAAGAUUUUCCGCUUUGUCCUGAGCAUUUCACCCCUCCACAGAGCAAACAUACAAAAUUAGCGACCACUCUCUUCCCGAAGGAAAAAUAUGUGAUACAUUACCGGAAUUUGAAACAAUACAUGAAUCUUGGAAUGAAAUUGAAAAGCAUCCACAGUAAUUUAAAAUUCAAUCAAAAACUCUGGCUUAAAUCUUACAUCGAUUUGAAUACAGAUAAAAGGAAACAAUCAUCGAAUGAAUUUGAGAAAAACUUCUACAAAUUGAUGAACAAUGCUGUUUUCGGAAAAACGAUGGAAAAUGUCAGGAACCAGAAGGAUGUGAGACUCGUCACACACUGGGAUGGACGAUAUGGUGCGAAAGCGCUCAUUGCAAAACCGAAUUUUCACAGUUGCAGUGUCUUUGAUGAAGAUAUGGUGAUCAUUGAAAUGAAUCGAACAUCAGUAUAUUUCAAGAAACCCAUCUACAUUGGUUUUACAAUCCUCGAUGUAUCAAAAACGAUUGUGUAUGACUUUCAUUACAACUAUGUGAAAUCCAAAUUUGGAGAUCAUGCCAAAUUGAUGUACACUGAUACGGAUAGUUUGCUGUAUUUGUUUCGAGUCCCAAAUAUCUAUGAUUGUAUCAAACAAGACAUACAAAUGUUUGAUACAUCUGACUACAGAGAGAAUAAUGAAUUUGGAAUCCCACUAGCGAACAAGAAAGUGUUGGGUCUCAUGAAGGAUGAGAACAAUGGGCGGAUCAUGGUGGAAUUCGUAGGAUUGCGAGCUAAAACAUAUUCGUUUAAAAUGUUGGAUGAUGAUAAAGCCAAGAAGAAAGCUAAAGGUGUUAACGCGGCUACACUGAGGAAGAUUACAUUUGAAGAUUAUAAAAAUUGUCUCCUCAAUAAUGAACACAUCAUCAGGAAUCAGUAUUUGAUACAGAGUAAAAAACAUGAGGUGCAUACAAUCAGCCAGAAGAAAUUAGUAUUGAGUUGGGAAGAUGAUAAGCGUAUGAUUUCUUCUCAUACGACAGAUACUCUCCCUUGGGGAUAUAUCAAGCCACUUGUAUAA